AUGCAUUUCAUCUGCACUGUUACUUCUCAGCGUAAUCAAAAAGAUCUUGGUGAGUUGGCCCGCGCACUUACCAAGUGCAAUGGGAACUCAUCCGGACCCGAUGAGAUAGGGUCUCCCAUGUUAAAACGGCUUCCACAAGACGCUAAAGCACAACUUCUCAACCUCGUCAACGACACCUGGGAAAACCGCACUGUCCUCGACGAGUGGAAGAAAAGUCUCGUGAUUUCCAUUCUCAAAAACAAAGUGGCGGGUCGGGAUUCCGCCAAAUACAGCAAGACCAUGGAGAGUAUGGUCAACCGCCGGCUGCGUGAGAAGCUAGAAGCAGAUGGAAUAUUUGGCUUCCAACAGCACGCUUUCCGCCCAGGGUAUGGCACUAGCACCUGCUUCGCCAACUUGAGCAGCGUGCUCCAAAGCGCGCACAACGAAGGCAAGCAUGUUGACCUGGUUUCUUUAGACAUCGCCAAAGCUUUAAGCAGGACCUGGACACCCCUGGUCCAAAACAAACUGCAGGAGUGGGGCAUCACCGGAAACAUGCUUGCCUUUAUUAAAAACUUUUUGACCGGACGGACUUAG